AUGGCUCUCGAGUCUUUAAACCUUGGCACCAACAGUCUAGCAGGAAACGUUCCAAGCGAGCUUGGACGAGUAAAAAAGCUCAUGUAUCUGCAAUUACAGGACAACAAUCUCGGUAGUAAUAUCCUUAAUGUCAUCACUAAGCUUCGGAACUUGGAAGUUCUCAACUUAGGGAAUAACCACUUUGGAGGCAGUAUACCCACUGACAUUUGUUCACUCAAUAGCGUAUAUAUCAUUUCUCUGAGGUCAAACAAGUUUAAUGGGUCAAUCCCAGAAGAAAUUAAUCAUUUGCAACAACUUCAAAUAUUAGACAAUUUCUCUGGACAUUUUCCUAAAGUUUUAGGGGAGUUCUGGAGGGGAUCGAGUGACAGUUAUUUUCUUGAACCCGACGUCCAUUAUGAUAUUGAAUUAGAUACAGUGAUCAAAGGGGUCAUGCAACAACUUGAGAAGUGUAAGAACAAGAGAGUCUCCAGCUCACCAUCCAGCUCAGUUUCUACCUUUCUUUCUGUAACUGAUACUAUAAGUAUCACUCUUUCUCUGUUUUUACCUUCUUUUGCUUCAGAAUUACUUGGAAAAGCUUAUGCUAAAGCAAAAUGGGAUCAUCUUUCAAGAAUAUUCACUCAACAAUUUUUUGCAAGAAAAUCUCAGUUGAGAUCUCAACUUCAUACAAUCAAGAGAGGUAAUAGCUCUAUCUUUGAGCUUCUUCAACAAAUCAAGUCAUCUUCAGAUUCAUUGGCUGAAAUAGGUGAACCUGUUACUGAUGAGGAUUUAUGGCUCAAAGAUCAAGAUCAAGAACCUUACUCUCCUCUCAUUGUUGAUCCGACUAAUUCUGCAUUUUUUAUGCGCAAAUUUACCAAUUCUCAACAUUCUACUGGAAGUUCUUCCUCAUCUCCUAGAAGUUCACAUACAUUAUCAACUUACAGAGAUACUGGUAAUUCAUCUUCUACUCCUAGUAAUGGUGGUUCCACAUCUCAAAGAGGUGAAUUUAAUCCACAUCAGAGAGUUGACUAUUCAACUAUUUCAUGUCAAAUCUGCAACAAGUUGGGUCACUUUGCCAGUAGAUGUAGAUUUAGGUAUUCUAUAAGCAAGAAGCAAUCAACUCCACCAGUUCAAAAAGCUUUUGCUGGAAUGGAACUUUCAACACCAACUUUUAAUCCAUGGACUUCUUCUACACAUACUUCAUCUGGUGCUGGAGAGUGUUCUACUUCAUCUGGACAUUGGAGUUCAAAUGAUACUGGUCCAGUAUGGAUUCGUGACUCAGAUAUUUGGCAUCAAAGGUUAGGCCAUCCAGCUCAGAAAAUUCUAAAAAAACUUGAAUCAUCUGCAAUAAUCAGAGUCUCCAGCAAGAAAUUUGAUUUUGUAUGUGCUUCAUGUCAGAUGGGAAAAAGUCAAUCAAUGGAAAAAUUGUUGGAUUCACAAAUUAAAGAGUUUCAAACUGAUGGAGCUUAUGAGUUGGUUAAGGGAGUUUUUAGAUCUUUUCUUGAUUCCAAUGGUAUUUCUGUGAGAAUUUCUUGCCCUAAUAUCCAUCAACAAAAUGGAGCUGCCGAGAGAAAACACAAACAUGUUACAGAAAUGGAUACUUCAACUUUUGGUAAUGUCACCACUAAUACUUCUCCAGCUCAGGUAUCCUCAGCAUAUUUUGAUGAUAUGAAUGAUUCUAGUAAUAAUUCCACUAGCAUACAUACUAGGUCUAAGUCUGGCAUCAACAAGUCAAAACCUCUGGAUUCAAAUUUUGUUGAUCAUAGUCAUAUUAAACACCCAAUUCUUGUUGCCUUUAAUGCUAUUAUAGAAUCUUUAGAAGAGCCCAAAACUUUUCAACAAGCUUGUAAGCUUCCACAAUGGGUUCAGGAAAUGAAGAAUGAACACAAUUCUUUAUAUGAGAAUGACACUUAUGAGCAUGUACUCUAUCAACCUGGUAUGAAUGUCCUUGGAUGUAAGUGGGUCUAUAAGACCAAAAUUAAAGCUAAUGGUACUCUAGAUAUAUUUAAAUCAAGGUUAGUGGCAAAAGGUUAUCAUCAAGUUGAUGGAGUAGAUUAUGAGGAGACCUUUAGUCCUGUGGUUAAAGCCACAACUAUUAGAUGUGUCUUAAGUCUUGCUUUACAGCAUAAAUGGAGUAUGAGAUAA